GACUUUUCUUUUUUUCCCUAUGUUUCCUUGUUAGCCAGCGUCAGUACUAGCCAACAAAACAACCGUCCCACUUUCUUUCCCUCUAAUAUUUCGUCCUCUUUUCUGUUUCUUCGCUUUCUCCAGGAGUUAAAAUAACUUCCCGCCCCCCUCCAAAAUCAUGGACGAGACGAGUCCGCUUGUCUCUCCGCUCCGGGACUCCGGUGAUUUCAGCUACUGUCCCACAGAGCCCACUAGUCCCCGGGGCGCGUUUGGAAGCACACCGGGCUCGGUGGUGCGCAUCCCGGCCGGCAGUCCGGGGCGCAGCCGUGAGAGACAGCCACUUCUGGAUCGGGACCGUGGGAGCUCGCCCCGGGAGCCCCACAGGAACGAGUUCCCGGAGGAUCCCGAGUUCAGAGAGAUCAUCCGAAAGGCCGAGCGAGCCAUAGAGGAGGGGAUCUACCCGGAGAGGAUCUACCAAGGAUCCAGUGGAAGCUAUUUUGUGAAAGACUCACAGGGGAAAAUCAUCGGCGUGUUCAAACCUAAGAAUGAAGAGCCCUAUGGUCAGCUGAACCCAAAGUGGACUAAGUGGCUCCAGAAGCUGUGUUGUCCCUGCUGUUUUGGCCGCGACUGUUUGGUCCUGAACCAGGGUUACCUCUCUGAGGCUGGGGCCAGCCUGGUCGAUCAGAAACUGGAGCUCAACAUCGUUCCCAGGACCAAGGUUGUGUACCUGGCGAGUGAAACAUUCAACUACAGUGCCAUAGACAGGGUGAAGUCUCGAGGAAAGAGGCUAGCCCUGGAGAAGGUGCCUAAAGUGGGCCAGCGCUUCCACAGGAUUGGACUGCCACCCAAGGUCGGUUCCUUCCAGCUCUUUGUUGAUGGAUACAAGGAUGCAGAUUUCUGGCUGCGGAGGUUCGAAGCAGAGACUUUGCCCGAAAACACCAACCGUCAGCUCCAGCUGCAGUUUGAGCGGCUUGUAGUCCUCGAUUACAUCAUCAGGAACACAGGCACGGGAAAUGACAACUGGUUGCUGAAGUAUGACUGUCCCAUGGACACUGUUGGGAAUAGGGACACAGACUGGGUGGUAGUAAAGGAUCCCAUCAUCAAGCUGGCAGCUAUAGACAACGGUCUCGCCUUCCCCCUCAAACACCCUGAUUCCUGGAGAGCCUACCCGUUCUACUGGGCGUGGCUUUCCCAGGCCAAAGUUCCUUUCUCCCAGGAAAUCAGAGAGCUGGUCAUGCCCAAACUCUCCGACCCAAAUUUCAUCAAAGACCUGGAAGAGGACUUGUAUGAAUUAUUCAAGAAAGACCCUGGUUUCGACAGAGGACAGUUUCACAAACAAGUAGCCGUAAUGAGGGGGCAGAUCCUGAACCUGUGCCAAGCCCUGAAGGAUGGUAAAACACCCCUGCAGCUGGUCCAGAUGCCGCCAGUAAUCGUCGAAACAGCCAGAGCACCUCAGAGAGCCAACAGUGAGUCCUACACACAGAGUUUCCAGAGCAGGAGACCCUUCUUCACCUGGUGGUAGGAGCGACUCCACGAAGAGGAAGAGGAGGAACAGCAGGAAGCCGGAGCGAGGAAAGGGAUUGAGGAGUGUUGAUGCGCAGAUGGAAGACGGGACAGAAUGUGAGAGCACAGGUUUUCUGUUCUGGAAAUGGAACUAGUCAUCACCCUCCCCUCCCCUCCUCUCUUUAUGGAUAUUUUGGUUACAAAGAGUGAGUGGGCGUAGAGAUAUGAGGCCAAAAGAGGAAGAAUUUCAUAACAUAUCUUCCCUAUCUGCCUCUGUGCCUUGUGUGGAUGUCAAAGAAGAAUUAACGCCUAAAUGAUGAAGAUUCUGUACCUUCCCUGCGAGAGAGAAAGAUUUCAGCGAGACUUGUCUUUUGGACUCCUGGGUGCACGCAAUGUUUGCUCACACACAUGCACACUGCUCAGAAGCCUCUCGUGCUUUGUUUUUGGAUGGGAGGUGUUGCAUUCCAUGUUUUUGUUUUUCUCUUCAUACCUCUCUGCCUUGUAACAUUGACCUACAUAUUCCCUCCCAUGCAUUUAAGAGCCCUGGGCUGGGGUAAGCAGUGGUGCCACUAGUAAAGAUUGGCAUUUAAUUUUUUUUUUUUUAUAAAUAGGAGAAGUGUUCAUGGUGGUUAAGUUUUGAAGAUUUUUAGGAACUGGUGUGUAUGUCACACAGUGAACACAAGCCAUGUGAACUGGUUUCACAGUUUCACACUGCUCCUCCUAACUGUUCAGAUUAGGAUCUGUAAGCCAUCUGGGUGAUGUUGGAAAGCAGAAGCACUCUUGGUUAAAGAAACAAACUCUUUGUUAAGCUUAUGACUGGCUCGCCUAAUUUUUCUUCUUUCACUGAUGAGUUAAAUCAUUGGUGAAGAGGACCACAUUAUCUCGUCUGCAAGCAGGCAGAGGGGGGGUUGGUGAGUCCCAGUCCACAAGCUCCUGCUCGUCUCGGCUGUGUUGGUUUUUGUUCAUUUUCUGGCUCGUGGGGUUGGACCUUGGUAAACAACAAAGUGACUUCCUGCUGUACUGAACUGACAUGAAAUGUAUUGUGACAAUGCACUGUAUAAUUUGUAUGUAAUAUUUAAUGAUAGAUUAUAAUUAAAACAUAUUCCAUUAAUACAAA